AUGUCACGCCGGAAGCAGAAACGACCCCAGCAGCUCGUUAACUCGGACCCGGGGGGCACGCGGUUACUAUCGCACGAUGACCAGCUGUCAGCAAAGUCACCGUCCAUGUCUCUGGGCUCAGAACUGACCUCAUCUGGGUCCUCCUCGUCCUCCCCCACCUCGCUCGAAGGCCGACAGCCCCCCCUGGCCCCUCGGCCGUCCCCCGGGGGUCUCCACGCACCCUCCCUCCCCAGCGAAAGCUCUCCGCCCCCCCACUGGCCCAGCCACAUCGCCCCCUACACCACCUCUCUUCCCAACACCCACUCAUCCCUCUCUCCAGACUUCCCUCAUUCCUCUUUAUCCUCCCAGACCCAAUCCCUGCCACUCAACCUCAAUCAGACAUCGGGCCACCCCCUCUCCCAUCAGGCCCACUCCCACGCCACUAUGACCUCACCACAGAUGGGCAGCUCUGCCACCAUCACUACCUCCUCCUUGUCCUCCUCCUCGUCUAGCCUCCCUCCCCGCCGGGAGAGCACCAGUCCUGGGCAUCAGAAUGGCUCCAGCCCCCUGGUGCCAGGGCUAGGCCAGAUCCAGGUGCCACCGACCCUGGCUGUGCUCCUGGAGGAGCUGAGGGUGCUGCAGCAGAGGCAGAUCCACCAGAUGCAGAUGACUGAGGAGAUCUGUAGGCAUGUUCUCCGGUUAGGAGGGGCCAUCUAUACCCAAGACACCUCCCAGGCUGGUAGUGGAGAGAAGAACCAAAUACCUACAGCAGGAUCCCCCUCCCCACCACAUCAUCCCUGCUCUGCCCCUGUCCCAUCCUCGGCCUCCCCUCUCCUGGCCGGCCUCCCCUCCCUCCUCCCCCAGCUCACUGUGUCCAAGCCCAGCCUCUCCUCUCACACUAAUGGGAGCAGAGCCCCAAACUCCUCUACCUCGCCCUCAUCCUCUUCCUCCACCACUUGGAGCUCCUCGAUAGCCUCCUCCAUGCAUCCUCUGUCCCUGGGUCUCCCCCCGCACUAUCUCCACGAGAAAUCCUCCAACACCUCCCCCUUUGGCCACAACAACGGGGUCAGCUUCCCCACCCUGCCCCUCCCCACCUCCAGCCACUCCCAGGACCACCUGCUGCAGUCCAGCUCCUCCCUGGGGUCCUUGUCCUCAGCAGGACGUCCUCAGCAUGCCUGUAAGUUUUGUGGGAAGGUCUUGAGCAGUGAUUCCUCGCUACAAAUCCACCUGCGCUCCCACACGGGUGAGAGGCCCUACCACUGUCCCGUCUGCCUCAGUCGCUUCACCACCCGCGGGAACCUCAAAGCCCACUUCCUGCGUCACCGCGAGCAGAACCCUGAGCUGUCGCUCUCGCUCCUCCCCCCGGCUCUGGAGCAGCCCAGCCCUGCCCCCGUCGCCGCCACCACCGGCCAGAGACGUAGGAAGCGCCGGGCAGAAGACGAGGAACCGCCGUUCGGAGGCGUGAAAGGAAUGACGGAGGGAAUGGCGCUCGGUUUCCUUUCCGGGGCGUCUCCUCGCCCCCCCCCUUCCUCUAUACCUAUGCCACCCAGUAUGGAUAUGGCACUGUUGUCCACUGCUCACUCCCUUUUACAGCUGAACAGGGCCUCUGCUGCAGCAGGCAGCGCCUCAGGUAGUGUGUUACCGCCAUCAUCCUCAUCCUCCAUGGGUGGCCAGUUCAAAGGGGCGAAGCAGCAGAGGUUUGAUGAGAACACACCUCCACACUCCGCCCUCCACCCAGGCUCCCCCUACUCCCAGCUGGCCCACUUCCCCAAAAUCCUCUUCCCCGGAGGACCCUCGCCCCACCACCUCGCCCUCCUCCGUCCCCCGGGGACCCACCCCUCUACCUCCCAUCUCACCUCCCCCCACACCCAGCUUCCCUUCCCUCCCUAUCCUAAACUCCCCACGUCCUCCCCUUCCUCCUCCUCCACCACCUCCUUCACCCAAACCUCCGACACCUCCAAGUUGCAGCGACUGGUCCAGAAGCUGGAGAAGCAGCCCCAGGGCGGGGGCCAGUUUUCCUCCUGCGGCCCAGCAGACGGCUCCUCAAACGGGGACACCCACGGCCACGACCUGACCACAAGUUCCAGCGCCUACCGCAGGGAGAUGAUGGCAGCCCUGGGCCUUGGCCCCAACCCCAACACUGAGGCCAUGGUGAGCAGGCGGGGACAGGGUCUCCCUGUAUCCACCGAUCCCGCCCUGGCCCCUAACCAGUGUGGGGUGUGCCUGCGGGUGCUCUCCUGCCCCAGGGCCCUGAGUCUCCACCAGGCCACCCACCUGGGCGAACGCCCCUUCCCCUGUAAGCUGUGUGGACGCUCCUUCUCCACUAAAGGAAGCCUGAGGGCCCACCUCGCCACCCACCGUGCCCGCCCGCCCAACGCCCGCACCCAGAACUCUUGCCCGCUGUGCCCACGCAAGUUCACCAAUGCCCUGGUGCUGCAGCACCACAUCCGCAUGCACCUGGGGGGCCAGAUACCCCCAGGGGGAGAGGGGGAGGAAGGUACAGAUAUGACCCAAGAAGAUCUGGGCCAAAUGACCACAGCCUCUCCAUCCAAUCCCUCCAGCCUCCAAGGCCUGCACCCCCUGGCUUUAAAAAUGACCAGCUCCAUCUCUAACCCUGACUCGCUGGUCAGCAGCUUAGACUUCGGAGUUCCGGCAACCAAGCAAUCCCAGGCAGCUGACCCGAGCCCCCCUAUAGAGGGGGAGUGUGAACCCUCGCCCUCCACGGCCAGCAUUAGCCCACCUCUGACCCAUAAUCCCUCCCCAGAAGACCCCAUGCUCCUGGGGGAAAGAUCUGAGUCAGACUCCGGCCCGUCUGCAGCCUCUCUGGAAGACUUGCAAGACUCCCCAGCUGACCUUUCGAACGCCAGCCCAAUUAGUCUACCCAAGACAUCCUUGACCAGCUCCUUGCCAGCCUCAGUGGGGAAUGGUGAGGAAGAGGAGGAGGAAAACAUCCCUCUUGCCCUCUGUGUCUCUAGACCAGCAUUGGAUACUGAUGGUAGUAGGUCAGGAGGGCUCAUCAAUGGUUCUGGCUCAACCACAGUGAACCAGACCAACUCUCCAGAUGGACUCAUCCCCAGUCCUGAAUCUGAUUCCACCCCGAAAUCCCCUGCCACCCUUAACCCCUCACCCACGCUCACCCCUCCUGCCAGCCCUAAAGCAGCUUCAGAGCCAGCCCAGUCCCCCAGUAUCACCCCACCGGAGCCCAGUCCUGAACGGGAGACAGACCCACUUGAAGGGGCGAGUGAGAGCACAGCAUCCAGAGAUACCUCAUCGGUCGAGGGGCCUGAGAGAGAGAAGCAGACCCCUAGCUCCACGGAGGAGAGUGAUAGGGCUCCAGAGGAACCAGAGGCCUCCCAGCUAGCCACCCCAGCCUCAACGCCCUCCAAACCCUACUCCUGCACCCUGUGUGGGAAGGCAUACGCCAGUCGCAGUGGAUUAAAGGGACACAUGAAGACACACCCUAUGUUGACCAACGUUCCCACCGGGACUCCUCCUCCCGCCACCCUGACCAAUGACAAUGAAACUACGGAGGAUCCGAGUUCGGUCUCAGCAAAUGGAAAGGAGGAUGAAAAGUAA